ACAAAAAUAAAUAACUAUAAAUUAAGAAUUCCAGCUCAGUAUAUGACAGAUUGAGAUAAUAAAAAGGAAGUAGAUGAAUAUUAAAUUAUGUUUGUGCUGGCGGAACUUAAAGAUAACGUUCGCAUUGGACCAGACCAAUUUAACUUGAAGCUUGUCGAUGCGGUGCGCGAUGAAAUAGACCGAAAAUUAGCAAAUAAGGUGCUGCUUAAUGUUGGCCUGUGCAUAGCCCUCAAGGAGAUUGUCUCGCUGAAGGACUCAAUUAUUUUGCCCGGCGAUGGAGCCUCUCACACGGAAGUUCUGUUUCGCUAUGUGGUGUUCCGGCCCAUGGUUGGCACCGUUUUGACGGGUAAAAUACGUAACUGCAGCCGUGACGGAGUGCACGUCACAUUAGGCUUCUUCGAUGACAUACUUAUACCACAUGCGGCACUGCAGCAUCCGUCACGCUUUGACGAGGCGGAACAGGCGUGGGUAUGGGAAUACCCGUUGGAGGAUGGAGCCAAGCAUGAUCUCUUUAUGGAUGUGGGAGAGCCGAUCAAGUUCCGUGUGUCCCGCGAAAUAUUCGAAGAGACAUCGCCGAUAGGGCCACCCAAAGCGGAGGGUCAAGUGUCGCAGAAUGCCAGCACUUCAGCAGCGGCAGCGGCGACAGCAGCAUCGCAGGAAGUGAAGGCGCCCUAUAAAAUUAUUGGAGCUAUUAACGAGUCGGGACUGGGGGUACUUUCCUGGUGGGAUCAGCAGGUGAAGGAAGAUGAUUUGGAUGACGAAGACGGUGAGGAUAAUACGGAAUAUGACAAUGAUGAGGAUGGCGAAGGCGCCUGUGAGGAAUAACAGCAAAAUCGAAAAAUGUUCUUGUAAAUAUAGUCGAAUAACAAAUUUAGAAUAAGAAACGUUAAAUACAUCUUUUAAAUAAUAA